UUGUUACAACUAGCCGAACGCUACCUUAUUCGACAAUCUAUUUACACGUUGCGGCGAAUAUGUCUUGGCAAGAAUAUGUUGACACUGGCCUUGUUGCCACCGGUAGCAUCGACAAAGCUGCCAUCUUCAACAGCGAGGGCGACAGCGUUUGGGCAACCUCGGCGGGCUUUGUGGUGUCACCUGCAGAGAUGAAGGAGGUCGUCAGCGCGUACAAAGACAAGGGUGAUAUCAAGCAAGUACAAAGCUCAGGAAUCCACAUCGCUGGCGAGCGAUUCGUAGUACUCAAGGCGGAUGACCGGAGUAUCUAUGGCAAAAAGGGAAAGGAAGGCGUGCUCAUCGUCAAGACGACGCAAGCCAUCAUUGUAUCGCAUUACGGAGAAAGUGCACAACCCGGUGCCGCAGCCAACGUCGUGGAGAAGCUCGCCGAUUACUUGAUCGGCGUUGGAUACUAGAUCUACCUUAUUCAAAUGGAACGGGGGAGACAAAACCACAUCAGGCACAAUUUGUCUGGUACACAUACACAACGGACUUGUCAGAGCGAAUGACUCGAGCGAACCGAAUGACUGUAUAUGCAUUUCAGGAGGGAUAGAAUUGACUCGAAAUGCGCCGCACCAACACUCUCACACGCCAUGCCGAAUUUUACUGGCGUCCUCACCAAUGUCUUGUCUGUGAGACCCGCCAAGAUCACUGUCAGCAGGCAUCGUCAGUUGAACUUCUCAAGAUUGGCCAUGAAGCGAGGGAAUGAACUUGUAAUCUCUUAAAGCUACCCCAUUCUAUAAACAGUCCAACCUCGUUGCGGCAGCUGUGUGAUUAAAGCGAGCCAAGGAUGUUCAUGAUAAGUUCAAUCGAACAUGUCGGCCACACUGGUAUCGUGCUC